AAUUUUCAGAUGGUAUCAUAUCUCAGUAACGACCGUGAAUUGGACGAAAAUAAAUUAAAUAACGGAAACAGAACCAACUCUCUUCCUUAUGAACCUCAUCGGGAUAAUGAUCGACAGACUAAUGGCAAUUCAAAUGAUCCACAGGAAUUUAUACUGGCUCGGAAUGUUGCUGAAGACAAUUAUUGGCGUAGUCGACGUGAAGAACGCGAACAUCUUGGGAAAAUUGGAGUUCGUCGCAUUUGGGGAUAUUCUCCUACACAUGAUGAAUUGGAACAGUUAUAUGACGAACAAUAUUUGGAUGAAGAUAAUGUUAUAGGCAAGAAAACGAAGAAACACAAAUCGAAGAUUAAACGUUCGCCAAAAUCUUCAGAAUCCUCCAGUUCUUCCCUAUCUGGUGAUGAAAAUACAGAUGAAUCUGAUGAUGGAGUUGUGAAGCAUAAAAAGAAACACAAAAAGAACAAAAAACAUAAAAAGAAGGAUAGUGAUCGGAGAAGAAAGAAAAAAGACAAAAACAAUAAACGGAAGAAGCGACAGAGGAGAGAGAGUAGUGACGAAGAGCCUGGACACCAUAAAGAUGAGAAAGGUGAUGUUUGGGUUGAAGUAACAAAGGAAAUGCAAGUAGCACAAACUAAAAAGGAGGAGGCUGCUAUAGUUGGACCUUCCAUUCCUGAACAUAUUCAACAAAAAUUAAAUCCUGCAGCUGCUUCAAGUGAUAUAAGAUUAGAUGCAGCUGCUCGGACAAAUAUGUUGAGGGGAGAAGCAGCAGCGAUGGCAGCGUAUGCUGCUCAGGGAAAAAGAAUUCCGAGAAGAGGAGAGAUUGGCCUUACUUCUGAAGAAAUUGCUGUUUUCGAAGUUGCUGGAUAUGUAAUGAGCGGUACUCGACAUAAAGCUAUGGAAGCUACUCGACUGCGAAAAGAAAAUCAAAUUCUCACAGCAGAAGAAAAACGUUUAUUGAAGACAUUUUCGAUUGAUCAGAGAAAUAAGAAGGAAGAGACCGUUUUGAAACAAUUCCGUGAUUUGAUAAGUUCUAAGAAGCCAAAGGGUUAA